CCCUCCCGGCACCAUGAAGGCCAUCAUCCUAGCACUCGCUGUCUUUGGCGUCGCUUAUGUCAGCUCCCAGGGUGAGCCAUGGUGCCGCUGCGCCAUGUUCGUGUCUUCUCCGCACGCAGAGUGGAUGGUCUACGAGCUCCCCGAAGUCCCCAUCACGGACUGCGAGAGCCACAACCAGUGCAAGAACCGCUGCACCAAAGAGUUUAACGAGAUGACGAACGAGAUGGACUUGUGGUCAACCGUCAGCAACGCCACGGUCGGCCAGUACAUCUGCGAAGACCUAUAUUCGCACUUCAUCUUCUUCAUCCAUAACGCUUACGUCCACGCCUACUACGAGAUGUGCGGCGGACCCUGGGAGUACACGGGCCUGGACUCCCAACAGAUGCUCUGCUGCGACAGGGGCGAACACAAGCACUGCAUCUCGUAAAGGAACUGCCGUGAUGAUACCUGCAACAAAUUGCUGCACACGCAAAACCUGCAAGAAAUUACUGGCAUUGUUUCCUUUAUUUUUUGCCAUUUUUGCUGAUCAAUAUAUAUUGGCAU